AUUUUAUCUUGUUUUAUUUGCGUCCCAGUUUCUUGUCCUUUUCCCUUAUUAUAAUUUUACAAAAAAUAAUUAUUCGAGUGAAUGAAACUAAACCUGAACUGAAUAAUACAGUAAUUACUUCAUUACGAGUCGAAUUAAAGGUUUAAUAAUAAAUUAUUAAAAAUGCUCGGCUCUUUUUUUCAUCAUUGCGCAUUAGCUACGUAACACUUGUGCAAAAUGCAUCAUAAAAACAUACAACCAAUGACAGGUAUUCUAAUACUGAAGUACCGAAGCUCAAAUUUAGUUUCAGACGACUACUUGAAAUUUAUCAAAUUUGUGUCAAGCGAUAUUUUUCAACUGCUCCCAGUUAAAAUAUUCCUGGCCGUUGUUUUCCUAACUCAUGCCGUUUUGGAUUUGUUGACAAUUUAUUUCGUACUUUUUGUGAUAGAGCCGCACGAUUUCAUCACUUAUAUUUCAGUGUUUCUGGGCGAAUUUUAUGCAAGUUUUUUCAUCGUUUGUGCUCUUUUUAACAUAAAUUUUUAGCCACUUUUUGCAAUUGUAAUGUUACUGUUUCGUGGAAAAAUAACCGACAGUUUGAAACACAAAUUGGCAAUGUGGACAAUCACUAGUACAGACGAGAAGACUCAGUCGGACAUAAAACGGCAAAUAGUUUUUUUCAACGGCUUUGUUGUUCUAAAUUCUGUAAUAAUUUCGAUUGCGAGUUGGUUUUACGCCGCCCGGUUGUCAGACGAUGUGAAUGCGUUUUUUGCACUACGUUUGAUCCAUGAAUAUUUUCCUAAGAGCAUUUUUGAAGUUAUUUACAGAGUCACAAAUUUUGUGCUUGGCCAGAUGAUGUGUGUUCACGUCCACCAGACGCUUUAUUACACCCAACACAUCAAUAUUCAAGUGCAGAUGUUUAAAAAAAUUAUAAGAGAUUUGGAAAACGAAUCGAAAAUUGAACAACAGCUGAAAUUCUGUAUUGAAAGACAUGCCGAAUUUAUUAAAAUUAUAACGUUAACGACUAAAGAACUUCGUGGUGCGUUUGUCGGGUUUGCAUUUGGCGGGCUUUUGUUAGGUGUUGCGGUUGCGUUUUACAUUUUUUCGGGGCUUUUGACUCCUGAGUACUAUUUACGUGUAGGUGCUAUUGGUUUAGCUAGUGUGGUUAAUUUCGCGGUUACAAUUUGGUUUGGACAGUCUACUGAAAGUCAUCUAGAUGAAUUGAUGUUGGCAGUCGGUGAAGUCCAAUGGUACAAUUUCAGUCAACGUAAUAAGAAAGUUUAUUUAAUUCUACUGAUGAAUGUUAUGAAAGGACGGAAGUGGAGGGUUUCUGAAGAAUAUUCGGUCAAUUAUCGAUUGGGACUAGCCAUUGUCAGAGGCGUUUAUUCAAUCAUUUCUGUCACAAGUUCGUACAAAAAGUCUUGAAAUGUUUUGGGUAAUUAACACACAGGUACUUUGCUGAUUUAUUUAUUUGUAAUAUCUAGUGUUUUACAGUUUGUUUUAUUUUUAAUUCUUACGAAUUAAAACAGCUUCAAAGAUUCAUUGAGAGUUUUUACGGUUACAUAAUUAUUUUAUUAUUAAUUUUACGAAAAAAUAUGAAUCAAAAAACUUUUUUAAGGCCGUGAUUUUUUUUUGUUUUCCCAAAAUAUGUCGGGAUUUUUUUUUAACAGAAACCCCAAAGUGAGAUUUGUCGUUUUUUUUUCUUUUUAUCUAAAGCUCGUAUUAAAUGAAACAAUAAUUAAGUACAUUACGAGUGACAAUAAAAAAUAAAAAAGGUGGCGUAUUUAAUGAAGGUAUUUGGAAAUAAAAUUAACUAGACGCCCUCUGGUGAUGACUUUUGAACUAUGUCGAAAACAGUAAAGAAAUUUUCGUAAUGCCACAUUUAACUGACAUUUAAUGAAUUGUUCAUCAAUUUUGCGUGUAUAGUGUUAAUUACUUACAAUAGAAAGAAUUACUUUCAAAGUACGUGGUGGUAAAUACUAGCGCUGACUUUGGUUCUGUAGUUUUUCGUGGUAUAAAGUGUUUAUUGUUGGAACUUGAAAGUGGAUAAAAAGUGAAAAAUAUUUAAAUUUUGAUUACAAAGUGUUAUCAAACAGUUGUCUAAUUAAAGAUUAUAAGUAAUGGAUCACAGCGAACACAAAGUUUGGCUCAAGAAACCAAUAAAUUAGUGAAGUGUUAUGAAUUUUAGGUUAGAAUUUUCCACUGAAAAAAUCAUGAAAUGCUGCGGUAAAUCUACAAAACUACAAUAAAGAUUAACAUCUGCUGAUACAUUUAAACGUAAAUUAUGCCAAAAGGUAGGCUUUUCAAUGUCUUUGUAAUAAUUUUCCAAUAAAGAAAGUGAACCAAACAGUCAUUCGUUAUUCGUGUUUUCCUCGUCAUCUCUCAUUUGUCAACAUAAGUUUCUUGCAUCAUAGAUACAAUAAUCAUUCCGCAUAUUUAAUGCAAUAAUUGUAAAGCCCCAAAAUUCGUACAACGCUCAAAAUAUCCGAAUAAACAUUUUCCCGCCAUUUAUGGUUACUGUUUUCGACCUAGCUUAGUGGCGCCCUCAACGGUAAUUUUACUUCCGAAUAGUAGGUUAUAAAAUGUAAAAUAUACUAUUAUCAAAUUUUUCUGAAAAAUAUCGCGUUAUUUUCACGAGUUUUUACAAAAAAAUGAAAACACAAAUUAUUUUGUUUAAAAAUAUUUUAUUGUGAAGGUGUUGCAAUUUUCCUAAUCCUGUUUGAUUCUUGCUUCCGUUUCUUGUUCUUGCUCCGUCUUCAUGAACCUUUGGUUCAGCAAAUAGACACAAAUGACCAUUGGCAACAACGAGAAAAAUUUAAACCCAUAACCGCCAAAAUACUGGCACACAAUUCCGAAAAAAAUCGGUCCUAUGACAUUCACCAAAUAGGCAAUGGUGUUAGACGCCUCAAAAACAUCAGGUUUUAAACUUAAACCCAAGGCAUCAUCGUCCAAGAGCGCGUUUACCAACAUAAAGCAAAAAAACAUCGGUAUUAGAAGAAACAAAUAGCACUCAUAACUGGGGGCAUAGUACAGCCCUGGUAGAAGAAACCCGGAGAUUAAGAGACUGUGCUCGAAUAACUUUUUCUUAUUCUGGACUCGUUCCUUAACAAAUGGUACCAACAUAGAAGUUGCAAAAAGCCACAUGUGUUGGUAGGCGAUUGAAUAACCAACCACUACCGUGCCGAGAUUGUAAUUAAAAACGAGCAAAAAACAAAAACGGACGAAAUAAAUCGAGAAAGUUGUGGUGUAGGCGGCUUGGAGUAACAUGCAGUCCCAGUGUUUUUUGUAGUUGACGGUUUUGAGGUUUUUGAGGCGGUGGUAGCAGAUUGAGGGCAUUUGCUUGAAGUGGGUUUGAGGACGCUUGAUGUCCGUGUCUUCCUCCACAUAUUGCAUCAAAACUGCAAUUAAAAUUUAGUUGCGUCCAGUCUACGGAUAUGUAAAAGUUAGGAUAUGAAACGGCGUACAAAUAAAAUUGUCGCCAGAGAGCGCACUUGUUCCAUUAAAGUAUUAAUUUUAUAAAAAUUGUUGUAAUUAAAUAACGGUUAGCACAAGGCGAAUAAAAAAUACAGGCAGAUAGAGCAUCAAAUUCUCAAUAAUAGGGGAUAAAAAUAGUGCAAAAAUUAUAUCUUAAACUAUAUUUAAAAAAAUUUCAAAGUUUUACCAAUUUGCACUCUGCCUCAUAUUUUUCAAAACGCUGCGAAUACGGUUACAGAUACAAGAAAAAUGUUCAGAGGAAAGUUGUAGAGAAUUAAAUUUCCUUUAAAAAAGUCCGCGAGACCAUAUCCCUAUCAACCAUUUAGGCCCCAAAGUCAUUCAAAGACGCUCAGUGACGGAUUUCCACCAUUUUGCCGGUGGUCAAAUAUUGGAAAAUGAAUUUAUACCUAAACCGUUGAAGAUAGACAUAUCGUGUCGCGGACUUUUUUGUAGAAAAUUUAAUUCUCUACAACCUCGUUCCUUUCACUUUUUUGUAUCUUAAACCGUAUUUGCAAAAAGAACGCAAAUUGAUAAUUCUAAGCUAUAAUUUUUUGGGCACCGUCGCCUAUUUAUUAAAACGCUGCGAAUACGGUUAAAGAUACAAGAAAAAUGUUCAGAGGAAAGUUGUAGAAAAUUAAAUUUCCUACAAAAAAGUCCGCGAGACCAUAUCUUUAUCUUCAACCGUUUAGGCCUCAAAGGCGUUCAAGCGACAGAUUUGCGUGGUUAAGUAUUGUAAACUUAAUUUCUGCCUAAACCGUUGAUGAUAAAAAUAUGGUGUCGCGGACUUUUUUGUAGAAAAUUUAAUUCUCUACAACUUUGUUUCUUACACUUUUUUUGUAACUUCAACCGUAAUCGCAGCGUUGGCAAAAAUAUAAGGUGGAACGAAAAUUCAUAAUUUUUUGCGCACCGUCGCAUAUUUAUCAAAACGCUGGGAAUACGGUUGAAGAUACAAAAAAAGUGUAAGGAACGAAAUUAUAGAAAAUUAAAUUUCCUAUAAAACAGUCCGCGACACCACAUUUAUAUCUUGAACGGUUUAGGAAUAAAUGCUGCGCAAAUUGAUGAUGUUUUUUUUAUAUUGUUAAGGUUGUAACUGCGCCAUCUGCCGACACUAACAAACAAGAUUGGGUGGGCACAAUUUUUCUGUUCUGUCGCGUCCUAGUAUUUCGCUAUCCCUAUCUUAAAAAGGCCAUUCUAGAAAUUUUUUCGCUGAAAUUUUUUAGUAAAAGUACUUACGAAUUGCCACUAGUGUGAAAACGGUGGAAAACAUGGCAAGGGAGGAAAAGUUCUCAUUACACAAAAACAAAUGCCCCCCCAGUGAAUUGCCAAGGGCGAGGCCUGCAACCCUCGUCCCUUCAACCAGAUUAAAAUAUUUGAUGUGUGUUUCCUCCGGUGUUAUUUUUGCAACGAAUUCUUUCGAAUACACAAGAACCUGAUUAAAAACAGC